AUGACUCAGCCUGAGGAUUUCUCACCUUCUGGCAGAGAAGUGGAACAAGGGCACGAGCCAGGCUGCUAUUACCCCUCUUGUUCUGAAGAGCCAAGUCAACAGGUCAUAGCAGGGGGUAUCCAUACUGGACGCUUUGAACGUAGCACCGAAACAAACAGCUUGGAUUGCAGAGUUCGGGCCUUUAAGCAGUCUGACGACGUGCCAUGCAACUCGAAUGAAGCUGGGCCUUCGGGGAUGGAAAGAAGCUCUUUGGCCGUCGAUACGUUGAAGACUGCGAAGACAGGGACCACAUCCUCGACGCCACCUCGGUCGAUCUUCAGCUGUCCACGGGCCCAUUCAUUAUCUUCGUCAUUUAGCAAUCCGGCUCCCAAGCAAGCGCCGCUUUACCUCGCCUCUAUGUCACUCAAAUGUCUCUUUCCUCGUUUACACAAUAAAGUUGAUGACGUACAUAAGCCGGAUAUGCGGUCCGCCGUCAACACGUCCACCAGAAACGACACCAAUAGGGUAAACGAAUCAUUCAAGUCAUCAUCUUCGGGCGUAGCUAAGGAGACAGGCCGUUGCCUUGCUUCUCGCUCAGACAGUUCUCUGGUACUCGCUAAAUGUCGCACAUGGGGCACACUCCCUGAUCACCUCGAGAUACCGGACGUUUCAAUUCCAGUGGAUGGAAAAGGCAAGUCUGCGCUUGCAGAUGCAGUUCUUCCCGAGACUUUCACAGUUGAUAGCUGCAAACUUGGUGACGAAUUUGUCGACACCAGCAUCAUUCCUGGCUUGCGGAGCAAGGUCAUUGGUAAAGGUGUCACGGCUACUGUCAAAUUAAUGCACAGGAAAGGGACCGGAAAGCAGCAAUAUUAUGCGGUGAAGGAAUUUCGCAGAAGUCGCAAGGAGAACCUGCAAGCUUAUGACAGAAAGGUGAAACUUGAGUUCAGCAUCGCCAAGAACUUACAUCAUCCUAAUGUCGUGGAGACUAUUCGUCUUUGCUCCCACGCAGGCCGUUGGUCUCAUGUUAUGGAAUACUGCAGUCAAGGGGACUUGUUUACAAUCGUGCAACAACGAUAUCUUUCUUUUGAAAGUCAGCUGUGCCUGUUCAAACAACUCUUCCAAGGCGUUGCAUAUUUACAUAGCAUUGGAAUUGCGCACCGCGAUAUCAAACUGGAAAAUUUGCUCUUGACGCAAGACAGUCACUUAAAAAUCACCGACUUCGGAUGCGCCAAAGUCUUCAGUGAGCUCCGCCGAGAUCUGCGGUCAAAUGACGCGGAAUGCGGGGAAGUAUUUGGUAAAAUUCGCAAAUGUGGCCCUGGUGUUUGUGGUAGCCUGCCAUAUAUUGCACCGGAAGUUCUAGCAGAAGAUCGUAAGUGCCCCUGCAACCCCUAUGCUACCGUAUGUUAUGGUCUCCUAACCGUCGUUCAAUCCCCAGGAAGUUACGACCCGCGCUUCGCCGACAUAUGGUCCUGCGCCAUCGUUUGCCUUGCCGUGAUUCACUGCGGUACGCCGUGGGGCGCCGCAGAAGAAAAGGAUGCCGGGUAUUCUCGUUUUCUCAAAUGGUGGGAAGAGUUCCUGAGAAGCGAGCCGGACCGAAUUGUCACAGGGGAUGUAUAUCCUAGAAUCGGGAAAUUCUUCUCGGAUCUUCGCACAAAAACUCUUCUGCGUCUUAUAUUACGGAUGCUCCAUCCUAUCCCAGAGAAACGGACUACCAUUUGCGACGUGAUGAAUGAUCGCUGGAUCAAGAGGAUUGAAUGUUGUUGCCCGGAACCAGGCAAGCCAUCUAAUUGCUUUGAGGAAUUUGAUGGCAUAAUUUAUCGGAAGGUUCACAAUCAUUUACCCCCGGCAAAAAAAGGUUUCCUCCAGCGCUGUAUCUAG